ACUACUUUUGCAAAAUUAAAAUUAAAAUCAGAUCAUCCUUCUUUUUUCUUCUUCUUAUUCUUUCUCUCUCUCUCUUCUCCCUUGUUCCUCUCCAGAUCUAGGUUUUCUCAAAACCCAGAUCUAGGUUUUCUUAGGCUUGUUGAACCGGCAACAGCUAUAGAGACCACUGAAGAGGGAUUAAUGUCUAGUACCUUCUUGAGGCGGAUGGCGCGGAUGGCUUCGCGAUCGGAAGUAUUAGAGGUGGAGGAAGAAGAGCGACAGUUCCUAGUUGUAGAACCCACGCCGGAGGUGGUUGUGGAGCAGUGGAUGACAAAAGCAGAAUAUAUUCAUUUACCAGAAGAGAAGGGAGAGGAGGAAGAACGAAAGAGGUGACUGAAAGGCCUCGUCGAUAGGCUCUAUACCUUCAAAGCCGCCAUUGUCACGAUCACGAAGAUGUAUUAUGCUACGCCUUUUUGCUAUUAAUCCUUUUUGACUUGGUGUUUGGAAACUUUAUAAAGGGUCUGUUUGGAU